ACGCGCUUAAAAAGGGAGGGGGAAAGUAGAAAAUCCAGAAAUAAAAUGGCCGAGAAUCUACUGGAUGGACCGCCGUCUGCCAAGCGGCCCAAACUCAACUCGCCGGCGCGUUCCGCCAGUGACAGCACAGAUUUUGGAUUGUCGUUUGAUUUAGAAAAUGACUUACCUGAUGAAUUGAUCAGAUCAUCCGAUUCUUUAGGACUGCCCAAUGGUGGUGAACUGGGCCAGCUGAGCAGUGUCAUUGGUCAGGACGCUGCUUCUAAACACAAGCAGCUCUCGGAACUUCUGCGGGCUGGCAGUGGCUCCAGUCUCACUGGAGGACUGGGCAAUGUGAACUCCAACAACAAUCCUGGUAGAUCAAUGGACAAUCCUGGCCAGAGCCAGCAAAAUAGCUCCAACGUAAGCAACAUGGGUAAAAGCCCUCACAAUCAGGGGCUGACUUCACCUUCCAAUUUGGGGAUGGCAGCCAGUGGUUCAACUUCUUCAACACCUGGCUCUCAAGCACUGAACACACAAGCACAAAAACAUGGAGAGCCGAAACUUCACAAUGCUGCAGCGUCGGGUUUGGUGUCUGCCAGUAGCAACCCAGCUGCUCAGGCUGGGCCAGGAGGAAUGGGCAUCAACACCAAUCUCAGUCACACACAUCAGGCUCUACUGAGCAGCAACAACAGCCAAGGUCUGAUGCAGCAAUCACAGCAAGGCCAGGGACAGGUGCUGAAUGGAUCCUUGGGUGCUGCUGGCAGAGGCCGUGGGGGAAUGCAGUAUUCAAACUCUGGCCUGAGCAAUUCUGGCAGUGUGUUAGCAGAGACUCUAGCCCAAGGAUCGGCACAGAUGGGUGCACAUGCGGGUCUAAAUGCACAGCAAGCUGGGGCUAUGGCAAAAAUGGGGAUUUCAGGUAAUGCAAGCCUAUUUGGACAAGGCUAUGGUCAAGCUGGUGGUCAGCAGUUAGGCACUACAGGGGUUGGACCUCAAUUGCAAAACAAAAGUAGUCUUUCCAAUAGCCUGCCUCCAUUUCCAUCUGAUUUAAAGGGUACUCAAGUUACAAAUGUGCCGAAUAUGUCACAGCAGCAGUCCCAGGUUCAGCAAGUAGGCAUGGUACAAGUACCAUCCCAGGUGCCAACACAAGGAAUGGGAUCUGCACCGACUGCAGAUCCGGAGAAACGCAAACUGAUACAGCAGCAGCUGGUCCUACUGCUUCACGCCCACAAAUGUCAGCGGAGAGAACAGGCAAACGGUGAGGUGCGACCCUGUGCUCUACCACACUGUCGAACCAUGAAAAACGUCCUGAAUCACAUGACUCACUGUCAGGCAGGCAAGUCCUGCCAGGUUGCUCAUUGUGCAUCAUCAAGACAGAUCAUUUCUCACUGGAAAAACUGCACUAGACAUGACUGUCCUGUAUGUCUACCCCUGAAAAAUGCCAGUGACAAGAGGAAUCAGCAGACCCUAUUAGGCUCUCUGCCAAGUGGGUUACCGAACACAGUGGGUGCAGUUGGAAGUGGUCCACAGGGCACAUCCAGCAAUUCAAAUCCUAUCGACCCCAGUUCAAUGCAGAGAGCAUACGCCGCACUUGGACUGCCCUAUGGUAACCAACCACAAGCGCAGCCGCAGCCUCAGGUACAAGGCCAGCAGACAGCACAGCCUCAAGUCCACCAGUCAAUGAGGCCAAACCCUUUGGGUACGAACCAGAUGAAUGUGGUUGGUGGGAUGGGUGUCCCACCCCCUGAUCAGUCAAAUUUGAUGUCCGACUCUGCUCUUCCACCUUCUCUUGGUACACCAAACCAAAUGAUGAAUGACGGCACAAAUGUUGGUAACGUUAGCACGUUGCCAACAGCAGCACCUUCCACGAGUGGCGUCCGAAAACCGUGGCAUGAACACGUGACUCAAGAUCUGCGCAAUCACCUAGUUCAUAAACUAGUGCAAGCCAUAUUUCCAACCCCUGACCCAGCAGCACUGAAGGAUCGUCGCAUGGAAAACCUUGUGGCGUAUGCUCGGAAAGUGGAAGGAGAUAUGUAUGAAUCUGCGAACAGUCGGGAUGAAUACUAUCACUUACUAGCAGAGAAGAUUUACAAGAUUCAGAAAGAGCUAGAGGAAAAAAGACGGUCUCGACUUCAAAAACAGCAGCAGGGAAUACUGCCAAACCAGGGUGCCUUGACAGGACCGGGUGGUCAACCGCCCGGCAUGUCACAGACACCAGGUAUGGCUCAGGUCCAGCCUGUCCGACCACCCAAUGGACCCUUGUCUAUGCCAAAUGUGCCAAAUCAGAUAAUAAAUCGCAUGCCGGGGUCUCAAGGUAUGAACCAGUUUGGUCCCAUGUCUUUGGGGAAUGUUCAAAUGCCACAGGGACCUAUGGGACCACGUGCAACUCCUCCCAUGAACCACAAUGUACAGAUGAGCAACAUGGGAUCUAUUCCAACGAUGGGAAUGUCACCUUCUCGACUAUCAAAUCCUCAAGGUCUACUGGGAGUGCAUGCCAACAACAUUGGUCAGCCUUCCCCCCAGAAUCAGUUUCUGAAUCAGAACCAGUUUCCUCCAGCCUCUGGUGGAAUGAAUGUGAAUAAUGUAGGCAUAUCACAACCUGCAAACCAACCUGGAAUGAAUCAGACACAGGCACCUGGAACUACCCUGCCUUUGAACAAUACUGUAAACAUGAUUGGAUUAUCUGGCGCUCAGAUGCAUUGUCCACCUGUCUCUCAGCCAACUCUCCGCCAAACUCCUUCACCUGCCUCCAUCUCUGCCUCUGUCGUCGCUACUGCUGCUGGAAGUAUGCCUUCCAUCCAGCAUUCAGCCCCAUCUGGCAUGACUUCUCCUCAACCAGCAACUUCCCAAUCUCAGGCCUCCACUCCAGCUUCCUCUUCAGGUCAGACCUCAACACCAACAGCAACACCAGCACGGAGUACGACCCCGAAUCAAACGCCACCUCGGACCCAAACUCCGACACAGCCUCCAACUCCAGUACAAUCACAACAGUCGGUAACAACGCCACAACCAAUGCAGCAGUCAGCUGGACCACCUCAGCCUGCCACUCCUCUCUCACAAUCUGCAGCAAGCACAGAUGGUAGAGUUGCUACCCCAGCUUCUGUGGCUAGUACAGACACAAACUCACAGCAGCUUGUAACAGAAGCACCACUGUCUGAGACCAAACCAGAGGUCAAAAUGGAAGAAAUGGAAUCAGAGCCACCAGAAGCCCAGGCAGAAGUCAAAACAGAGAGUGACGAGGUGUCUUCAUGUCCACAGUUGAAGGAAGAGAGUAAUGAGAGUGUUGAGAACAAGCAGGAACCCAUGGAGGAGGAGGACGAGGAAGAGAAACCAGAGAUUAAAACUGAUUCCAAAGAGGAGGAGGAGGCUGGUGCCAAUGCAUCUUCUCAGUCAUCAGCAUCACCACCACAGUCACGUCGAAAGUUUUUCAAACCAGAGGAACUACGGCAAGCACUUAUGCCCACACUUGAAGCAUUGUACCGUCAGGACCCAGAGUCAUUACCAUUCAGGCAACCUGUAGAUCCCUCGCUGUUGGGGAUUCCUGAUUAUUUUGAUAUAGUGAAGAAUCCUAUGGAUCUGUCGACAAUAAAACGGAAGCUGGAUACUGGGCAGUACCAGGAGCCAUGGCAGUAUGUAGAAGAUGUAUGGUUGAUGUUCAACAAUGCAUGGUUGUACAAUCGCAAGACUUCACGUGUAUAUAAAUACUGUACAAAAUUAGCCGAGGUCUUUGAGCUUGAGAUUGAUCCAGUCAUGCAAUCUCUUGGCUACUGCUGUGGACGAAAGUACGAGUUCUCCCCUCAGACGUUGUGCUGCUAUGGAAAACAGUUGUGUACAAUCCCUCGCGACGCCACGUAUUUCAGCUAUCAGAACAGGUAUCACUUCUGUGAGAAGUGCUUCAAUGAGAUCCAAGGCGACAGUGUCACUCUGGGUGACGAUCCUGCCCAGCCGCAAACAACCAUUUCAAAGGAUCAGUUUGAAAAGAAGAAAAAUGACACAUUGGAUCCUGAGCCAUUUGUUGAAUGUAAGGAAUGUGGGCGCAAAAUGCAUCAGAUCUGUGUACUCCAUAACGAAACUAUCUGGCCUUCAGGCUUUGUUUGUGACAAUUGCCUGAAGAAAGCGGGUAAAACAAGAAAAGAAAAUAAAUUCAGCUCCAAAAGGUUACAAACAACCAGGUUAGGAAAUCAUUUAGAAGACAGAGUGAACAAAUUUCUACGACGUCAGAACCAUCCUGAAGCUGGGGAAGUUUUUGUCCGUGUCGUAUCCAGCUCAGAUAAAACAGUGGAAGUCAAACCAGGGAUGAAAAGCAGGUUUGUGGAUACGGGUGAAAUGUCGGAAACUUUUCCUUACAGAACAAAAGCACUUUUUGCUUUUGAAGAGAUCGAUGGUGUAGAUGUCUGUUUCUUUGGAAUGCACGUCCAGGAAUAUGGCUCCGACUGUCCAACUCCUAAUACGAGGCGUGUGUACAUAUCAUACCUUGACAGUAUUCACUUCUUCCGCCCAAGAUGCCUCCGAACUGCAGUCUAUCACGAAAUCUUAAUUGGUUACCUGGAGUAUGUGAAAAAACUUGGGUUUACACAGGGCCAUAUAUGGGCAUGUCCUCCCAGUGAAGGUGAUGAUUACAUCUUCCACUGCCACCCAGCUGAUCAGAAGAUCCCCAAACCUAAACGGUUGCAGGAAUGGUAUAAGAAAAUGCUGGACAAAGCUUUUGCUGAGCGAAUCAUACAUGAUUACAAGGAUAUCUUCAAACAAGCAACAGAGGACCGGUUGACCAGUGCAAAUGAGUUGCCUUAUUUUGAGGGCGAUUUUUGGCCCAAUGUACUUGAAGAAAGCAUAAAAGAGUUGGAACAGGAAGAAGAGGAACGGAAAAGAGAGGAGAACAGCAUUCCCAGUGAAACCCCAGAUGGGAAGAAAGGAGACAGCAAAAAUGCAAAGAAAAAGAACAAUAAGAAAACUAAUAAGAAUAAGAGCAGCAUUAGUCGAGCUAACAAGAAAAAACCUGGAAUGCCAAAUGUGGCGAAUGACUUGUCGCAGAAGCUGUAUGCCACAAUGGAAAAGCAUAAAGAGUGCCAGACCUCACAGUCUUGGUUCAAGCAGGAGGCAGGAGAACCUGAAGCAAAGAAACUUCAGCUGCUGAAGAGCAGCUCACUCCACCAGCUCAGGGACAGUUAA